CUAAAAAUGAAAAGAAAAAAUCCAAAUCCAAUAUAUCAGAUGAGGUUUCUGAUGAAGAUGAAAUUAGCAAAAAAGACAAUUCUGAUGACGAAAUGGAAAAUUUGCCGGUGGAAACAAUAAUCGAGCGUGAAAAAAGCGAACAGGAGAAACUGCAAUACCAAAUGAAGAAAAAUCGUGUAAAACAGUUGGUCAACGCGAAUAUUGAGGAAGAGCGCAACAUAAAAAUGCUGGAGAAGCAGCUGAAAUUGAAAACGAAGGGGAAAAAUAAAAACGUGUCCAAGUAUUUCACGUCGGACGGCUUGGAUUACUUGCUGGAACUUUACGACUCUGAGAACAUGAAAGCCAUUGUUGCUGCAGAGCAGCAAAUGGACGGUGUCAACGAUGAUUUCGCCGAAGAUUUCGCUUUAAUGACAAACCGAUCGAUAACUAAAAAGAAACCUGAGGAUAAAAUUAAAAAGGAAUCAUCGAAACGUAAAUUGAAGGAUUUGGAAGAGGAGCAGAGUAAAAAGAAAGCGAAGAAGGUGGAAGAGUUUGUUGAUGAGGACGAUGAUGAUGAUUUUGGUUUGGGGUACGAAAGUGGUGAAGAGGAAGAGGAUUUUGAUGGGGAGGAGGAAGAUAUGGAGGAUGAAGGUGGUAGUGAUGAUGAAUUAGGAUCUAUUGAUGGUGAUGAUCAAGGUGAUUUAGAAGACGAUGAUUUGAAUGAUGAAGGUGACGAUGAUUUAGAAGAUGAUGAAGGUGACAAUGAUUUGGAAGAUGAAGGUGACAAUGAUUUGGAAGAUGAAGGUGAUUUAGAAGAUGAUGGCGACUUUGAUUUAGAUGGAGAUGAUGCAAAAAAUAGUGAAGAUGAGGGCGAAGCUAAAGUAAAAUCAAGUAAAAAAGUAAAUCCUGAUGGGACAUGGGAAGAUAUAUAUGGAAGGAUGAGAGAUAAAGAUGGAAAUGUUGUAAACAAAACGGAAGGAAAAUAUAUUCCUCCUGCAGUGCGUGCAAGGAUGGAGGCAAACUCUACUGGCGAUAAGAAAAGAAUAGAAAAAUUAAAUCGAUUAAAACGCCAAUUUAAAGGUUAUUUGAAUCGUUUGGCAGAAAGUAAUAUGCACAGCAUUGCAACGCAAAUCGAAGAACUGUAUAUGAAUAACAGCAGGAACGAUGUAAACGAAAUGCUGACUGGUUUAAUUUUGGAAGCCGUCGUCUCUCAAUCCAUUACACCGGAGCGUUUAUUGCUUGAACACAUUUUGCUAAUUACAAUUCUACAGGCUAAUGUUGGAACAGAAGUUGGAGCGCACUUUUUGCAAAGCGUGAUUAAGAAGUUCGAUGAGCUGUUUAAUGAAGAUAUACCAGUCGAAGACAAAAGAUUAGACAAUGUGGUCAACAUUAUAGCUCAAUUAUAUAACUUUAAGGUGUUCCAAUCGCAAUUGUUGUAUGAAAUUUUGAACAAGUUGUCAAGCAAGUUUGAGGAGAAACACGUGGAUUGUAUAUUAUCAAUUUUAAGAAAUGUUGGGUUUACUUUACGCAAGGAUAAUCCUUUGGCUUUGAAGGAUUUGAUCAUAAAUUUGCAGAAACAAGCUUCAAGUGCUUCAGAAGAAGUUAAAGACAAUGCGAGGGUUAAGUUUAUGUUGGAUGUGUUAUUGGCAAUCAAAAAUAAUAACAUGCACAAAAUCCCUAAUUAUGAUACCAGCUACAGUGAACAUCUGAAAAAGAUUUCGAAAGGUUUCAUAAGGAAAGGAAAUUACGUUACUCAAUUAAACAUUUCUUUGGAAGAUCUACUGAAAGCUGAUGAAAGAGGAAAAUGGUGGGUGGUAGGAUCCGCUUGGAGUGGAAAAGUCGAUGAUAAAGUGGAUAAGGUUGAAAAGGUGAAGGGUGAUAACUUCUCCCAAAAACUCUUGGAUUUAGCCAAAAAACAACGAAUGAGUACAGACACUAGACGUAAUAUAUUCUGUAUAAUUAUGUCAGCUGAGGAUUAUUUAGAUGCUUUUGAAAAAAUCCUACGUUUAGGACUAACAAACCAACAAGAAAGGGAAAUAGUACACGUCUUAUUGCAUUGUUGUCUUCAGGAGAAAAAGUACAAUCCAUACUAUUCGGUAUUGGCCCAAAAAUUCUGCGACUACGAUCGUAAAUACCAGAUGACAAUAAAAUAUUCUGUAUGGGAUAAACUGAAAGGUCUGACGGAAUGUUCGGCCAAGCAAAUAAGCAACUUGGCAAAGAUGCUGACACACUUGUUCUUGGAGAAGGGUUUAUCUAUAUCCACACUCAAGGUGGUUCAAUUCGGUGAUCUGGAUAAGAUCACGCUGCGCUUCAUGCGUCAAAUCCUGAUAGGCAUAUUGCUGUUCGAGGACGUGGAGCAGAUGAAGGAAGUUUUCACGAACGUUGCGCAAUCGGAGAAGCUGAAAAUGUUCAGGGAAAGUCUUCGACUAUUUGUCCAUCAUUUUUUGCUGAAAAACAUUAAAUCUGAUGCUGUGGAUGACAGCCAACGGUCGCUUUUAGAAGAGCGAGCGUCGAUCGUUGAAAAGAUUUUGACUGUUAAUGAAAGACGGCGAUUCUGAUUAAUCAAUAGACAUUUAUAUCAUUCUUA